AUGCUUCUGAUCAAUAGAACACGAAGAGGAGGAAAAAAAAAGCUUAUGAUGAGCAUCUAUUUGAGUCGAUCAUUUCCAAGAUCUAAUUCCAGUUUUUUCUUAUGUAGUGGAAACGCCUUACAAUCUGAAGUUUUACGCUUAAGGGAAGAAAUGUUCUUGGUGGAUGCAGGACUUGGGACCCCCAGAAUUUGUAUGCAAGAUGAGCCUACAGGAGUGCCAAUCAACCGAGCCACCAGGUUUGAGAAUAAGGUGGGAUUCCUGGAUCUAGUGGCCGGUGAAUCACUGAUCAAAGAGCAGAUUUUAGAGAGAUUCUUCAUCGAUCUAGUGGCCGGUGAAUCACUGAUCAAAGAGCGAGCAGCCGCCAGGUUUAAUGAUUUGGUGGGAUCUACAGAUGUAGUGGCUGGUGAACCGCUUCUUCUUCUUCCACGAAGAUUCAGACAAAACCGAGCUUGGAUGGAACUGAACAAGAUUUGGCGAACGAAUACAAAGGUCAAAGGCUUUAUUAUUGAGAAAGUAAAAGGAGGUUAUUCAGUAGCCAUCGCAGGUUUCAUUACUUUUCUUCCAUUCCGUCGCAGAAGGAAAAGGAUAUCGAAUGAUCGAUUCACCAUUGAGAACAUUAACCCCAAAAAGACGAAUAUUGUGGUGUUCUAA